AACAUGGAGGACAGCACUGGCAGUAAUCCCCAAUCUCCCGGAUUCACAGAGAAAUUGAAGUCUUGGCUCUCUUGGUCAUGGACUUAUGUGUGCUUCCUUUGGUUCGGCAUGGUGCUGAUAAUGAUAUAUGUCCUGUGGAGUCCGCUGAAACUGCAGGAAACUCUUACCUCAGCCUCAGUGUUUUUGAACACACUGACACCCAAAUUCUACGUGGCUCUCACUGGAACCUCCUCUCUCAUCUCUGGACUCAUCCUUAUAUUUGAGUGGUGGUAUUUUCGUAAAUAUGGGACCUCAUUCAUUGAACAAGUGUCAGUGAGCCACCUGCGUCCACUGCUGGGUGGAGUGGAGAGCAGCUCCACGACUGGUCUGUUCUCAUCAGUUAAUGGAGAUGCAGAGCCUAGGCCCAGUGUCUCAGAAUGCAAGGUCUGGCGGAACCCUUUGAAUCUUUUCAGAGGAGCAGAAUAUAACAGGUAUACCUGGGUUACUGGGAAGGAACCCUUAACAUACUAUGAUAUGAACCUGUCUGCUCAAGAUCAUCAGACCUUCUUCACAGGAGACACUCAGCAGUUAAGGCCAGAGGAUGCUGUGAUGCAGAAGGCCUGGAGAGAGAGAAAUCCUCAAGCCAGGAUAAGAGCAGCUUACCAGGCCAUAGAGAUCAACCACCAAUGUGCUGCAGCCUACGUGCUUCUAGCAGAGGAAGAAGCAACAACUAUCACAGAAGCUGAACGCCUUUUUAAAAAAGCACUAAGUAUUGCUGGAAAAGAUAUCAACCUACUAGUGUACAUUAAACGCAGAUUGGCAAUGUGUGCACGCAAGUUGGGGCGAAUUAAAGAAGCAGUAAAAAUGAUGAGAGAUUUAAUGAAGGAAUUCCCAUUGUUGGGAAUGUUAAAUAUACACGAAAACCUCCUUGAGGCACUUCUAGAGCUUCAGGCAUAUGCCGAUGUCCAAGCGGUGCUUGCAAAAUAUGAUGACAUCAGUUUGCCAAAAUCAGCCACUAUAUGCUAUACAUCUGCACUGUUGAAAGCACGGGCUGUCUCAGAUAAGUUUUCUCCAGAGGCAGCAUCCAGGCGGGGGCUAAGCACAGCAGAGAUGAAUGCUGUGGAGGCCAUCCACAGAGCCGUUGAGUUCAAUCCCCACGUGCCAAAGUACUUAUUAGAGAUGAAGAGCCUGAUCCUGCCUCCAGAGCACAUCUUGAAGAGGGGUGACAGUGAGGCAGUAGCAUAUGCUUUCUUCCACCUGCAGCACUGGAAGAGGGCAGAAGGAGCCUUAAACCUUCUACACUGCACCUGGGAGGGCACCUUCCGAAUAAUUCCCUACCCACUGGAGAAGGGUCACCUCUUUUACCCCUACCCAGGAUGCACAGAAACAGCAGAUAGGGAACUACUGCCCUCUUUCCAUGAGGUGUCUGUAUACCCAAAGAAAGAGCUUCCCUUCUUCAUCCUCUUCACAGCAGGCCUUUGCUCUUUCACUGCCAUGCUGGCCAUGCUCACACAUCAGUUCCCUGAACUAAUGGGUGUCUUUGCCAAAGCAUUCUUCAGCACACUCUUUGCACCCCUGGGGUUCUUCGCAGACAAGAUGGAAAGCUUCAUGCCGUCCAGUUUUUGGCACCAGCUGACUCGGAUCUGACCCCAUCUCGCACAGACACAAUGCAUACACACACACAUGCACACACACACACACACCAAUACCACUCCAAACCCUUGAACAAAAAGUGUUUGCUCUCCUGUCUUCAGCAUUACUGUCCACUUGCGACGUUGUUACUGAUUAUGUUGGCUGAAGUUGUAUCAACACAGUAAUACCACUUCUAAGAUGCUCUCCCACACUCUUCCAACAGGCAGAAGUUUUCCAAGAACACAUUUGGUGAAUACCAUUUGCAACAAUUUCACAGGGUCAUUCACUUGUCAUCAUGUUAGCAUGGUGAAAUCCAACAUUUUUCAAUACUUUGCAAAGCCUUAGUCAGAGGACCUCCUCUGUUUAUUCACAGUAAAGAACCACAAAAAAACUAAAUAUGAAGGCUUUUAACAGGGUUCCCAGAGUCCGAUUUGUUUUCACCGGUGUAUGGAAGUCAAGAAAGCAAUAUGUACAAAGGCUCUCCAUUAACAGACACAGCUUACUCAUUUAUCUUUGUGUGUAUCAAAAAGAUGCCAUUUCAGUGUGCUACUUUAACCCUCAGUACUUACAUAUACAUCCAGCAGGGCAGAUUUAAAAGUCUGAGACCUGAAAACAGAGCCAUGAUUUAUAAUCUCAGAGGUACUGCAGCGUGUACAGUGCUUCUGCAGUUCAACCCUUGUCGCUAAGGCUGGAUAUCUCAGCAGUGCAUCUCUAGGGCAACCAAUGCAACAUAAAAAUGUAAAUAGAAUCAUCAGUGGUCAGAGUUAGACCUCUUUGGCAUCGCCCAUGCUCUACAGGCUCUCUAAGUCAGCAGAGGCCCAACAAAAAUCACAGAGGCAGCCGUCAUACUUAAAAUCACACAGCACAGUCAACACAGCUGUAAUAACUGUGAUUACAGUAUUUCUAAAUAUGCUGCAUUUGAACUGUUAAUAAGUUCACCAAGGGGCAUUAACCCUCUAAAGUUAUCAUUAAGCAGAGACACCAAGUUUGGUCACUUUAACUGCCUGCUGAUAUUCCAUUGUAGCAUUUUGAAUGGGCAGAAUUUACAUUCACAUGCAUUACUGCAAGAUGUAGAUGACUGUCUGAAUCGGUAUGAUUAAGCUAAUAAUUUCCUCUGUGAAAGGGUGUCUUUUUUUUUUAAUCAAACAUAGUAUACUCCAGUACUAGAUCUAUGUGAUCAAAAAACUGAUAAGUAAUGACAGUUUGUAAAUUUUUAAUUCAUAACAAAACCUCUAAAUAUAAUAUUUUUCCAAAUCACAAGCUUAAUGUGAGACCUCUUAAAAAUGUGGCUUUUUUUUUUAGAGAUUGGCUCUUCCCAACAAUUUAAUGUAUAAACAGGUUUUAACAUGUCAUUGGCUAUAACAGUCUGUAGGUAAUUUCUUCAGAUAUCCUGACAUAACAGUGGCAACUCUCCACCUUACAUGUCAGAAAAUGUAAAAAGUGCCUACUGUGUACUAAUUAAAUGUCUCUUUGAUAUUUACUGCACCCGCAGUAUCAACAGAUUCAGUUUGACAAAAAAAAAAUGCCUAAAGGGUAAUUUUUUUUUUUUUUUUGACAGAAAUAUUGAUUAUGAGGUGCUAAGAACUGGUAAAUAGAGAAUCAGUAUAAAAAUGAGAAACAUGCUUGUGAAAAAGCAAAAAACUGCAAGCUGGUUAUAAUGCAAGGGAACAUACUACAUGUGCCCUACUCCAAAUUAUGACUACUAAGAUUGUAUUCUGUAUUUUUCUCUGAUCUUAAGUAUUUGUUUAAAUUUGUGACUCACAAAGUAUUUGGCGUGCAGCUGAAAUUUAAGAGUACAUGCUGAAGACAGGAGGAUGCGUGAACAACUUUAACAACCUGUGGAUGAUUUUGAAAGAAAAACAAAAUAAACUAGUCUUUCAUUGCACUC